AUGAUCUCUACGAAUCUGUACGAGUCGGCCGACCUGAGUGAUAAAAGGCGCAUGUUCAGGGACCAGGACUGGGUCGAAACCAGCGGCGGUUUCGAGCAAAAUUAUGCUUGGUCGAAGCAUUCCGGGUCGUGGAAGGCGAAGGCGCCACCAAUUAACAUAGCGCCUGGUUUCGAGGUCAUCGCAGCAGGCGUGCAAAAGAAGAAGAAACCUGGCGUGGGUAGCUUCGCUGAACGUUCCUGGUCAUUUGGCUGUAGACGACAGUCUGACUAG